AUGUCGAAGAGUAAAGAAUUGAUGGAGAUAGACAAUUUUAAGUCCACAGCGGACCUGACCAGUAAUCCUGGCUUCCAAUCGUCGCUUAGCAUAGCAUCGAAGAACAUCGAUGAGAAACCUUAUAACCCAUUCGAGCAUCGGACUGUGGAACAUCCUAAUUCUACAAUCGGAUCGAUAGUACAUUUAUUGAAGUGCUGCCUUGGAUCCGGUAUAUUGGCGAUGCCUGCAGCCUUUAAGAAUUCAGGACUAAUAGCUGGAACGAUUGGAACUUUGAUUGCUGGCUUCGUUUGUACACACACCGUUCAUAUAUUGGUAAGAACAUCGCAAGAAGUUUGUGUGGACGCGAAGAAGCCAUCGCUUAGUUUCGCCGAGACCUGUGGAGCGGCAUUUACGUAUGGACCGAAAAGAUUACAAACUUGGGGCAAUUUUAUAAAAGAACUGGUGGACUACUCAAUGUGUAUCACAUACUUCAGUGUGUUAUGCGUCUACGUGGUGUUCAUUGGAUCUUCAAUGAAAGAAAUCCUUGACGUCUACAUGCCAGACAACCCGCUCUCGAUACAAGCAGCCUGUGCACUCACUCUGGUGCCAUUAGUAUUAAUCUGCCAAAUACGAAACUUGAAGUACCUGGUGCCUUUUUCUGCCCUCGCCAACCUCCUGAUCUUGGUCGUGUUCGUGAUCACCAUCUACUACGUCUUCUUGGACCUGCCUUCACCCAAAGAGAGGGAGAUGGUCGCUGGUAUUACCCAGUGGCCUUUGUUUUUGAGCACAGUGAUAUUCGCAAUGGAAGGCAUUGGUGUGGUGAUGCCAGUUGAGAACGAGAUGGCGAAACCUCAACAGUUCCUCGGCUGUCCUGGAGUACUGAACGUGGCUAUGGUCAUCGUCAUCUCAUUGUAUGGCUUCGUCGGAUUCUUCGGCUACCUUCAGUACGGAGACAACGUCAAGGGUUCCAUAACCUUGAACCUCCCUGAAGAUGACAUCACCGCUCAAGUAGCAAAAGGACUGAUGGCGUUCGUCAUCUUCCUGUCCUUCGCCCUGCAAUUUUAUGUCCCCAUGGAAAUGAUUACCAGGAAGAGGAAAGGGAACGAGUCGAAGUAUGAAAACCUGGUCCAGGUCGUCAUCAGAACUGUGAUGGUUACGGUUGCAGUUGCCAUCGCCGCAGCAUUCCCCAACUUAGAACUGGUCAUCAGCUUUGUCGGAGCAGUUUUCUUCUCAACCCUCGGUCUUCUGAUCCCAGCAGUAGUGGACACAGUCUACCGAUGGGAGAAUCGUCUGGGUCGCUUCAAUUACAUUCUCUGGAAAAACACACUCAUUGGAAUAGUUUCCAUUAUAGCUCUGUUCUCUGGAGCUUAUGUAUCUAUUCAAGGCAUGAUCGAAGAUUUUGGUGGGCACAGUCAUGAGAAUCAUGAAUUGUUUGAAAAUGCUACUUUGACGUGA